AUGGAUACGUUCUCAUUCAACUCCGGUUUCCAUGGUUCUCACGACGGCAGUGUAUCCGACCAAGCCGAUAUUCCAGUUCCAACGGUAUUUCAAGGCCAACAACACGCCCUAGGACAGCCAACCAACUCUGAUAAUCACAGACUAAUAUCCGAAACAGCCUCCGACGAAAGCCUUCAUGGAACGAUGGCUGAUACUGAAGACCCAAAAGAAGCGCGUCCGGGUCCAGACAAAUCUAAACUUACAGCUACUCAGAUGGCACACUUUCUAACGUUAGAUCCCUCAAGCCUUCGUGCAUCUGCGGCUUCCUACGCCACUCGGAAACGUAUGACCGAUGAGAUGAAGGAGGAACUCGAAGAAAUGUAUUACGAGUUCCAGUGUGAAGUUGCCCGGCUAGCUAUCCAAAAUCGAGUCGGAUCUCAUCUCUACUUCGAUCACUUGGGUCAGACUCGAAAGGUCAGAGGUGGCACAUCCUGGAAUAACUUCCAGAAAUAUGAUCCUGAGGCACAGAAGCUAUUUGAUGAAUUUGGUUGCGAGCAGGGUCGUUCAGAGGUAUCUGCUCUAUGGGCCACCAAAUCCUUGCCGCAAAAGCUUCGCUAUCGAGACAUGGAUUAUUUGAAAACCUUGCGUGAGGUAUCAACUGGAUCAGCAAGCUCUAAUGCUCCCCAUCUCAAAACUGUACUACACGCCCCUCUAGAUCAAGAGAAUGAUCAGGUACGUUUGAAUGGACGAAUCCAAGUUUCCAAGGUCUUGUUACAGAAAACUGCCUUGUUGGUUUCGGAGUGGGUAAAAAAGACCCAAAGUGAUUUGGACUCUUUUGCAUUCUUCCACCAAGUCAAGGGUUUCGUGGUCAUUGCUUCGUGCCAUCCAAAGAGCCCGAUUUUUCAUAAAUUUGGAUCUCCGGUCGGCAAUCGGUUUCUAAGGAUGUUGGCUCAACAACGAGAGACGGACGCGGCCGCUGAGUUUCAUACCUGGACGGCGGCCCAAGCCAUUCAAGUUAGUAAAGGUUGUGCCAGUGGGGCAGGUGUUCCACCAACAGGCCAUACCAAGAUUUUUGAUGAUGUUUCUGAAAAGUUCCGAGUUGGUAAACAUAACAAAAAUAUUUCGGCUAUCCGUCACAAGCUCAAGGAUUUGAUCUAUAUUGCUAGUGGUCGUAAGAUUCGCACUUCAUGGCCCGGUGAAGACACAGAUUAUGACUUAAGACGCCUGAAGAUUUCACUCAAAAUCAACCACAACGAAUGGAGCAUUGUUCCAGAAGAUUUGAAACAGCCAUUGGUGAAAUUAAGUUCGGGGCAGGCAAUGGGAACCUUGGCUUGGUUGGGAUUGAACAAGAUUCACUUAACCUACCAUCCUGACUGGGAGGAUAUACCGCCCCGCCCCCGCCGAAAGAAUAAAAAGAGGAAGGACGUUGGCGAAGGCAACAAUGAUACGGAACAUACUGCCCACAAUCAUGAUCAUCCACCUCAAGGCAAGCACCCUUGCGUCCGUGACAGUUCCCCAGCAAUUGACGCUCCUGCGACUGAUCUGAGAAACGGUCUGGCCGAUCUGACAAAUUGUCCUUCUGCUCCGUCUAACGCUCCCGCUCCCGCUGCGACUGCUCCGUCUGAUUCUCCAGCUCCUGCUGCUCCGUCUAGUGGCCCCGCUGCGUCUGACGAUCCCGCUGCUCCGUCUGACGCUCCCGCUCCCACUGCUCCGUCUGAAGCUCCUGCUCCCGCUGCUCCGUCUGACGCUCCCGCUCCCGCUGCUCCGAUUAACAAUCCCGCUGCUCCAUCUGAUGCUCCCGCUCCCGCUGCUCCGUUUAACGAUCCCGCUGCUCCGUUUAAUGAUCCCGCUGCUCCGUCUGACGCUCCCGCUCCCGCUGCUUGGUCUAAUGAUCCCGCUGCUCCGUCUGAUGCUCCCGCUCCCGCUGCUCGGUCUAAUGAUCCUGCUGCUCCUUCUGACACACCCGCUGCUCCGACCAACGUUCAAAACGGUUGCCCAGCUGCUUCCACUAACCGUGCUGCUGUUAAUGAUCCCGCUGCUCCGUCUGACACACCUGCUGCUCCGACCAACGCUGCUUCCACUAACCGUGCUGAUGUUAAUGAUCCCGCUGCGCCGCCUGAAACUCCCGCUGCUCCGACCAACAGUCAAAAUGGCCGUCCAGCUGCUUCCACUAACCGUGCUGCUGCUGCCACUAACGGUUCUGCGGCUCAAAAGAAGCGUGUACGACCAAUCAAAAAACUCCCCAAGAGCAAGUCAACCACCCCAUCUGCACUGCAGGCUACUGUAGACCCUGCUCCGUAUAACAAUCCCGCCGCUCCAUCUAUCAAUCCCGCUGCUCCGUCUAUCAAUCCCGCUGCUCCGUCUAUUAAUCCCUCUGCUCCGUCUAUCAAUCCCGCUGCUCCGUCUAUCAAUCCCGCUGCUCCGUCUGACGCCACCACUCCCGCUACCGCUGGUGACAAUGUGGUCCCUCCUCUUCAACUUGUUGGCCUUGAAGCAGCCAUUGACCCUCUCCUUGAAACAUACAGCCUGAGUGAUCUUAACUUCUGA